UGUCAAUAUUUAAUUGAGUGCUUGAGUGCUAAACGUUCAAAGUAUUUAUUCUCGUUAUUAACUUAUUUAAAUAUAAUCUAAUAAUAAAUUUCUAACAGUAAUUUUUCGUUUUCAAGGAAAUUUUAUUAUUUUUAAUAAUAUUGACUAUUUAUAUAUACAAAAGAGCAUUUUCGUUCAUUGUUGAUCUCGGUUUUCGUUUUUUUUCGAGAUCUUUCACGACCUAUUUCGAAAAUUUAAUUAAAAAAUUAAAAGCUGAAGCAGAAAAUAUGGCUUUUUAUGGAUUCAGUGGCAAAACGAACGCACAAUUGGUGCAAUAUUUGAAGAGGACGAAAGUAAUUAAAUCGGAUAGAGUUUGUGAGGCAAUGUUAGCUGUUGAUAGAGGAUCUUAUACACUAUCAGGACAGCCGUACAUGGAUUCACCUCAAGGAAUUGGCUAUGGGGUUACCAUAAGUGCUCCCACAAUGCAUGCACACGCCCUGGAACUUCUCGAAGAGCAGUUACGAAAUGGAAAUCGAGCCUUGGACGUGGGAUCUGGAUCUGGAUUUUUGACAGCUUGCAUGGCGAAAAUGCUGGCUCCCGAUGGAUUGGUUGUGGGAAUCGAUCAUAUUCCUGAACUCAAAGAAAUGGCUGCGCAGAAUAUCGAAAAAGGCAACCCGGAACUAUUGCAAAGCGGUUGCCUCGAAUUAGUUGUUGGAGAUGGAAGAAAAGGAUACGAAUCACGAGCACCCUAUCAUGCGAUUCACGUAGGCGCUGCUGCAAAAGAAGUACCUCAAGCGUUGAUCGACCAAUUGGCGCCUGGAGGACGUCUAGUUUUGCCAGUAGGGCCAGAAAACUCGGACCAAACUUUGGUUCAAAUCGACAAAUCUGCAGAUGGCCAGAUCACUCGGAAACCCAUUAUGGGUGUCAUUUACGUUCCUCUCACUGACAAGGAGCGACAAUAUCGACCAUGAUCAUGCGAGCUUCAGUGAUUAAAAAAAAAAAAAAAAAAAAAAAAAACCCCAAUUUUCUCAUUAACGCUAUUUAUUAUUUCGCUCUAGUAUUUCGACUGAAUAGUUUAAUUUAAGUGGGCGCUCAAAUCGAUUUAUUUUAGGAUAAAUCCGGCUAAAAAAAAAGUCAGCCGUUUUUUUAUAACCACUUUUAUUUAUUCGUAUCACCAAUUCACACCCAUUUUUUGACAUUGUACAAAUUUAUAAACUAUUAUGAUAAUAAACUUAAUUGCUAAAUUAAAA